CCAACAGCGGUUUCAUCACUCAAUUGAAAAACAAAGAUAAGAACCGCGAAUAUCAAUAUGGAAAGCCUUUGAUAAGAUAAGAUAAUAACGUGUCUGAAUACAGUAGAUCCCUAUUUCGGAUAAAUGUCUUGAAAAUGAAUUCGCGAAGCGAGCCCAAAAAGCACGGUAAAUUCCAUUCGUUCAAAAGCCUGUUCGAGAUCAAAAGGCCAGCGAAACCUCCAGCUUCGAACGGCGACAGUGCAGUUACAUUACCUAGAAUGAAAUCGAAAAACGACGAAGAUGAGUUGUUAAGUAGACGCAGAUUAUUCGCUCGAAAUACUACCCACCGUAGAACUGCCAAUAGGAGUAAGUACAAGAGAGACAACCAGCGAAAAUUUAACAGUGAAAGUCACGUCCAUGAAAUCAUCAAUCGCUUCGAAAACGGUGAAACGUCUCCGCCGUGCGUCGAUCAAACGAAUCCGAAUUUGGGUGACGCGGUUAAUGAUAUAGUUAAAAAAGCGCUUGAGAAGAGAGAUGAAGAGCUUGCGAUCCUCAAAAACCUGCAUAAGAACACCGAAAUCAAGAAGCGUAACUUCAACGCCGUAGAAAGGAAGAUACGGAGUUUCAUCGAAGCCGAAAACAAACAGGAGACUGAAGAAUACAGGAAAAGCGUCAUCAAUGAAAUGGACCUUGAGUUAGCCCAAAUGAAAGCGGAUGGUUUUCUCGACGAAGAAGGAAACGCAUUAACUGAAAUCGAUGCAGAAGAAUCUUUAUUAUCCAAUUAUUUAUCCACCAUGAAGAAUAACAGCAUUGUAGAUAAAGAAGAUGAUGAUGUAUUCUUCACUAAUGGAGAACAUAAAAAUAACAGUGGUAAAAAACAUAAUGCUAGUGAAUCAGCAGCAGCUUUAGAAGAACAAAAAUAUGGAGCAAUCGAGCAGGAUACACUUGUAACAGAUGAAGACAUGGCUAUUCUAAAUAGCAAGUUUCAAGACGCCUUUAGUGACUCUCUGGAUAUCGAAAACGGGCUUCAUUACGUCGAGGCUUACAAUAGAGAAGAUGAAGAAUUAGUGGAUGUUCAAGUCAUGAUCGACAGAAGGACUGUUAGUUUAAGCGACAAACAAACCAUCAAAACGAUCUUGAAGGAAUCGGAAAUGAUCCUUCAUCAAAAAGAAGACGAAUCGUUCGAUGUCAUCCAAGACGAACAAACUAGUGGGAGAAGCAGCCAAGAAAUAACACCCAAUAAUCCGACCAGCAGCAAACAAGACCUCCACGCAGAUGCAGAUAAAUCAUCGCAGGAAAGCAUAGUCCAAUUCGAAAAUCCAUUCAACAGAUCAACCUUUUAUUCGACUACCUCCCAUGAAAGUUCCCAACAGGACGAAGACGAUGAAGGAAUCGACGUUUACAGAAACAAAGAAGAGGUGUAUUCCAGCGUUAGAAGGGAAACCUUCUGCGACGACAAUGGCGUCAUUCGUAUUGAACGAGUAGCUUGUUAUCCUACCAUCUCCUCGCCGAUCAGCAGGAAUAACUCAGCCGCUUCUACUAAGACAUUAGAAUAUAUAGUAGCUGAAUUGAAAUCUACGGAAAGGAAAUAUGUCGACGAUUUAGAGAAAGUUAUUAAAGUGUUUAAACCGUACAUAGAUAUACAUACACCGCAAAUGCUAAAAAUUCAUCAAGGAUAUCUCUUUGGAAAUAUUGAAAAAAUCUACCGACGGCAGCGGAAGUUUCAAGAGCGCUUAGAUAAAAGCUAUGAUGUCGAUGAAAUUGCAAAUUGCUUUGUCGAUAACCAAUUAUUGUUCGAAAUGUAUCCCAGUUACUUUAAAAACAAGCCCAAGGCCGAUGCGUUGUUGAAGGAGUUCAAUAAUAUCAUUAAGGAAAUGCAAGAAAACCUACAGGAAAGACUGGACUUUUCUGCUUAUCUUCUAACUCCUGUACAAAGGCUAGGGAAAUACAUCCUGUUUUUAGAGAACAUACAGAAGCAACUAGAUAAAUUAGAUUUAUCCACCUAUAAUGUUCAAGCAGCUUUAUUUAUAGUUAAAGAAGAAAUGUCGAAAGGAAAUGAUUCAGUAGCGAUUGAGUCCAUAGAGAAUAGUCCAAUCAGCAAAAAAGAAUAUGGAUCUUUCGUGAUAAGAGAAAAAUUCAAUGUUAUUAAACCUAAAAGAGUGGAUUCUACUAUGGUUUUUCUCUUCACAAAUGUCGUUGUUUUCACCACAACCGAUACGCGCAACCUUGAAAAUUUUCACUAUUACGACAAAAUCAAAAUGGAAGAUCUCAGUGUAGCCACGUUCGACGAUUAUACAAUACAUUUAACUGAUUACACGAAGAGCAAAAAGAAGCAGAACCCCAACAGAUACAGUCGAAAUACCUAUGUACUGGAAUCAAAAAACGAAAAAAUAUGGAAAACGUGGAAGGAGGAAAUCGAGAAAAUUCUUUGGGAUCAAUUGGUGAAAGCGAAAGAAAGUUCAGUGCACAGCCCUAAAAAGUACAAAGAGAAUCGCAGCAGAAUAAAAUCAACAGGUGAGAAACAAUCAAGAAUUCACCUAACAGUAACAUCAUCAUUUCCCCACAUCAAUUCCACGUGCUCGUUCGAUCAUUACAGUGCUCGUUUUAUUUUCAUGUUUCAUGUCUUCUUCCAAAGCAUUUUGCCUAUUUGGAAGAGCUCGCACUUUCACCAAUCACCUAGCUAGAAGCUUGAUUACCCAUGUAUUACAGCGACGGCAUAAUGGCAGACUAGUGAUACCCGAUGGUGAAGCCAAGACGAGAGUCGUCGUCAUUCGCCGGUAGGGGUGUUUUAAUUCGACCCUCUUCGUAUGUGAGUAAAUCCUCGAGGAUGAUAAGCCGAACUCGCUUGGAUUUGUACCGGGUUGUUGGAGCUUGGCGCUAAUGAAAUACUGAGAUUAUCAGCUGAUUGUUAAGAGUCUAGGCUCUAAAGGUUGUGAAGCUAGUUUUUUUAUUCAGGAAUGUUGUGAGGGGUAUUGUUGUUAAUUAAUUUGGUAAAAUUUGUUUUGUCUUUGGGGCUUUUAGUGCAAUUUUUGGGAUACCUGGGACUUUAUGUUUGUGUUUCAGAUUCAAAGCAUGUAAGGGAAUAGGAUUUACUUGCUAAGUAUCCAAAAUUGUUAAAAGAUGGUUUUAUAAUAUACAAGAUUUAUCUAUAGAAUCCCUUUAAUCAGCAUU